AUGGCAACAUACUACACUGACGUUUCCUCACUGCCAUUCAGUGCAAUCUAUGCCUUCAGCGAUCCUGAAGAUAUGCUUGAGUCAUUUAACACUCUAAUCCAAGACUGCAUUGAUCGUCACACGCCAAUAAAGCGAGUAAAAGUCACUCGUCCCCCAUGUCCGUGGCUCAAAACCGGCGAUAUACAAACUCUCCAAAUCCAACGCAAUAAAUUGCACUUUGAAGCAUACAAGACCUCUCUUGACAGUAUAUGGAAUGCUUUCAGAAAGGUUCAUAACAGUCUAAAAACCAAGAUCAAGGCGGCUAAACGAUCCUUCUACCAAACAGUCUUAUCCUCCAGAAACUCCAAAAAUAUCUGGAAAGUAAUUCAUUCUAUUUUAAACCCCACUUCGACAUGACCCAAACGAAUUGAAUUUGCAUUUUGCUUGUACUGUUCAGCGGACAUUGGGCUACACGAAUAACGUUAGCAAAAACGAUCUCUACGCUUACAUUGACUCUUUGCCUAUUUCCACUGAGCAAAGUUUCAGUUUGAAUAAGGUCAGCCAAGCAGAAGUAUUAAAAGAAUUGCAUAAUCUUCGUAAUGAUAGUUCAACAGGUCCUGAUCAAAUUCCAUCAAAGUACAUUAAACCAGUUGCUGAUAUAAUCGCAGCUCCUCUGACACACAUUAUAAACUCCUGUAUUGAUGCUAACUCAUUCCCUCUGCUUGGAAGAUCUCAAGAAUAGAGACCUUAAGAUUUGCGUUUACUUCGAACCGCGAACGUGAAAAUGUCACGUGACCUUCACCUUGCCAUCAAGUUUGCCGUCUGAGGUUCACGUUUGAACGCGAAAGAGUGCUUCUAGAGGUAAGUCAAUUACUGCAGAGUUUUAUUGCUACUAAACCAUUGUAAAGCCACGUUUAUAUCCUACAGAUUGCUUCUUUUAUUUCACAAGUACUGGAUUUUAAUAUUUAUGAGGUUCUAUAGAAAGUUUCCAGGCGAGUUUUGACUUUUAAAAGCAAGUUGUACGAGCACGAUGAAAACAAAGAUGGCGCCAGGCAUUCCAAAACAAGUUGACUUUCGCUAGAUUUGCAAGAGUUUAUAAAUUGUGUACAUUUCUUUGAAAUAUCGUCAACUCAGACGUAACUUAGACAUUAACUGAUAUUUUAUCUAGAAAAUGGCCCCGUUCAGAUGGUCAAAUGUGGCCUAUGACAUAUUAUUGUGCAAGGAAGUUCUCGCACGAAGACCCUCGUCGCCAAUGGAAUGGGAAAGUGUAGCUGAAACCUUGAGUGAAAUAUUCAGCAUUGCAGAAAAAGUGGUAAUCCUAAAAGGAAGAGGUUGUAGAGAGAGAGUUGACCGUUUACUUAUGAAAUACAAUGAAGAGGAUAAGAAAAAUCUUAAAAAGUAAGCUACUGUAUAUAUUUUGAAUAUAAAUUUUAGACUGUCAAUACAGUACAGGUUGAUAUUUAUAGACUUGUGAAUACAACUGCGUUUAAAUCGAGUACAGGUUGAUAUUUAUAGACUUGUGAAUACAACUGCGUUGUGUGUGAUUAAUUAUACGUUUUAGAUCUGGUACUGAAGAGGAGUACUCUGAACUGCAUCAGUUGUUAGAAGAUAUAAGUACUUACAAGAGAGAUAUAGAAGACUUAAAAAACGUAAAGAUCAAAGGAAGAGAGCGGAAAAAGGAAAAAGAAAGGCUGGACAAAGCAAAAGGAACUGAGAUGAGGAAUGAAGCUUUAUCUGGAAUGUCAAGUAAGAUUUCACACUCUGUAAUGUAUAAACUUGUGUGCCAAUGCAAUUUGGCUUUAGUAUAAUUAACUUUUUAAGGACUCUUCAACCCCUUUAAAUAGUAUGUCAACCUAUUGAGCAACAACAUGCCUGACUUUCUCCUUUUACUCUGUCUAAAGAAAGCUGAGGGAUUUUAGUUGUCAAAAGAUUCUUGCAGCAGCUAAUUGAGUUAAUUCACUUAAUUAUUAAAUGCACAUCAAUAAUAUUCUCUGAGUGUGUACCCUAUGAAUGUGUUCCCACUUGUCAAUGGGAACCCCCAUACCCCCACCCUGGAGAAACAUGGGGUGUUAGACUUAAGGUGAAACAAAAUCUGGGAAAAUGCCCUACCACAUGGGGGCAGUAUAUGUAUUUAGUCUGAACCCCUUAAAACCCCCACUAAAUUCUGAUGGAAAAAUUAUUUUUCAAUUAAAUUAAAUUAAAUUAAAUUAUAUAAUACUUUGAUCCCCCAAAAAUUAUCCUGCUAAACUGUGCUAAUCACCCAACCACUGGGGGAAGUUUUGCAAGAGAAUCGCCAAUCAUUUGCCCACAUUUACAAUCACCCAACCACUGGGGGAAGUUUUGCAAAAGAGAAUCGCCAAUCAUUUGCCCACAUUUACCGGAGAAUCGCCAAUCAUUUGCCCACAUUUACCAGGAUGGGGGUUCCCAUUGACAAGUGCUUUAAAUGAAUAAGCACGUUACAAGUUGUUGAUUUAUUGCAGUGCUUCCGCAUGAAAGUGAUGGAUGGGGGUUCCCAUUGACAAGUGCUUUAAAUGAAUAAGCACGUUACAAGUUGUUGAUUUAUUGCAGUGCUUCCGCAUGAAAGUGAUUCUGGUUCAGAAAAUGAUGACGAUUUAGAUGAGGAGUCUGCUCUUGGUGCUCCUGCACCAGCAAAGAAAGGUACAGUAACUUUAGGCGAUUUAGAUGAGGAGUCUGCUCUUGGUGCUCCUGCACCAACAAAGAUUUGAGCAAGGGGGGAAAACACCAUCUAAAUAGUGUCUGAUUUUUCUUACAGUAGCAAGGUUUCUAUUUAAAUUUCUCUUAUUAUUAUAUUAUAUCAUGUCAUGAUAUAUUAAUAUUAUGUUAAUAUUAUAUUAUAUUAUAUCAGUGUCUAGAAAACCAAGAAAAAGAGCUAGCAGGCUCUCUGUUAUGAACAUGCUGGAAGAAAAGUAUGACAGGAAAGCAAGUCUAAAGGAGCAAGAGCUCAAGCAGAGGAUGUUAGAAUUUGAGUUUGAGAAACAAAAAUUUGAAAUCGAGGCAGCUGAACGGAAAGAAAGACUUGAUUUGGAACUAGAAGAAAAGAGAAUGAUGUUAAGUCUCCUAAAAGACAAGUUGUUAUAG